AUGAAGGAUGAAGAUGAUAUAUUGAAGAGGGUACAUAAGUAUAUGAAGGGAAGGAAGAAGAAGAAGUCAUCGACUCAGUCACCAACAGUGGAGAGCAACACAGUGUUUCCAGAUGAGUUCAAAUGUGGCAAGGAUCACGGAUACUAUAUAUUCAACGAUUGUUUCGUCAUGGUCUCCAAACAGGCCAAGCCUACCAAGGCUGGACUAUCCAGUCUCCUCCAAUCCUCAUCAUCUUCCAAACUUGUGUGGACCAUCAAUGAUUGUUCACUUCUCAAGAGUACCAAAGUCAUUGACAUUGCAGACAUCUUUGGAUUCAUGAACAGCCUAUUGUUGGUCACAGAGAAGUCAUGCUAUUAUGUUCAGCUAUUGAAUCAAGAGAAUAAGGAACGAAUGUUGAACACAGUCGCCAUGAGCAGGGUCGAUUGGAAGAAGACACUGGAUAGUUCAUUGGCUGAUAGUAAUGAUGGGUCAUUAUCAGACUCUACCAACUCGGCCUCUGCCUUAGCCUCAGCCUCGAUCACCAGUGUACUACCAGGCCUUCUUACAUUGAGGCCACCCCCUCCACCUCCCAACUCAUCAUCAUCAUCACUCUCGUCACUACCAGCUGGCUCAUCCAAGACCCUACCAUCACCAAUCAAACCAUCAUCCAAGUCGAAUGCAGGGGGAGGAGGUGAUCAAGCCGAGAACAAGAAGGAGAGAAAUGUAUUCUUUACCAUUGGCAGGGCAGCAGGAAACAAGUUAAAGAUAAAGGACUGA